ACGGUAAUAUCAUCUUAACGGAAGUCACCGUGACAACUUCCUUGGUAACAAAAAGAAGCUUUGCUCUCUGGUGUAUUUAUAGUUAGCAUGUUUAGCUUAGCAUUAGCAAAAUGCAUCAAGGGAAACGCUUUUUCUGAAUUGUUUAUUUAAGUUUAAAGAUAUCGUCAGCUUGCUAUCUUAUCACUUGACCACAACAUGUCUCUUUGAGGAGAUGAAUUCCCGGCAGUGGUAUCGUUCAUUUCAGAUAUGUAUGGUGUUGUGUGGACGUUUGGCUCAGGCAGCCACAGAUUCAGGGGUCUCUUCGACUGUGACUGCCAGCUCUGUUAACGGGCAGCCCUUCAGCUCAGCGACCCCUGCUCCGGGCGGCACAGCGGCCGGGGACGUCACCAGUGUCGGUACCACUGAGGCGGUUACCAUGGACACCACCCUGGAUUCCACUGUAGAUUCCACUCUGGAUUCCAUGGCAACCACGACGAUGACUGUGUCUGAAUCUCCAACUGUAGUCACUGAUCUGCCCCUUGCAUCCACCGUCCAACCUCUGGUGACCUCAGAGGGUUGUCUCUGUGAUUUAACGCCAGCUUUCUGUGACAUUGGCUGCUGUUGCGACACAGUUGAUUGUGGCAUUGCGAACUUGAGUACUGUCUUCACCGGAUGUCCACAGAAAGCCAUCUCAGGGGUUUGCAUUGAGAAAUGGCUGAUGUUCACGGCUAAUGUGGAUUCGUCUCUUGUCACUGUGACUGACUCCUUGUUUUGUGUCAGGACUGAGGAUAAUGCACCCCAGUCCCUCCAAGCUCCACCGCAGUAUCCAGCUUUAGGGGACUCGUACCACUUCUCACCACCAGCACCUACAAGCAGCAGCCACAGCAGAGACUUCUACAGGGUUGAUGAUGUCAUCCAGACAUAUUUCUCAAGCUCCAACGUGUGGGGUCUCCUUCGUCAGCCAUCUCCAGGGGCUGCUUCUGCAUUCUGUAUCAACAGCAACCCUGCAAAGUUCUUGAGGUCUUCGUCUCUGUCUUGUACUCGCAUGUUGACUCCUCAGUCGUGCACCACAGAUCCGAAUCUCAACGCCCGCUCCUACUUCUCUGACCUGAGCCUGAUCAAGAUUCCAAUCGUUAAGACGGCACAAGUGUCAGACUUUCUGAUCACAGUUACUCAUCUGUCUGACUGGCCUGCACCAAGUGAACAAAACAACUCAUGUGUCAAUGUGGUUAAAAAUGUGGAGUUUGUAAUAGGAUACACAGGCAGAGGGGAACUCACAAAUGCAACGGUGAACGUAGUCUUAGCUGAUGUGGAUCCAAAUCAGCUGCUGUUGCAGACACACUCUGUACAGUUUCAGCUGGCAACACCCAGCUCAACUUCAGGAGGUCCAAUCCCUGCUGUCGGAUUUCAAGUGGGAUCCCCUGUCAUUGGUCGCUUUGGUGGAGAAUUAAAGCCUCUGAACACACUGGAGGUGUCACAGAGUGGGGAGUGUUCCUCUUCUGACCCCGGCAGACGAGCACCCGUCCUCUUCGCACACAACGCCUUCACUGGCUGCACAUUCAGUUCUCCAUCUAAUGACUGCUCAGAGCUGCGUUCCCAGAUGUACGGGAUCCUGCAGGGCCUUGCUACUCCUGAUGUGAUUGCCAUGAACUUUGGCUCCCAGCCGGAUUGGACGAGAGUCAUCACACAGGAAUGUCCCGUCAGCCUGCAGGAAACAUGUGAAUCAGGCUGCGUCCUCCCCAACUCUCUCUCUAUCCGAGUACUCUGGGCUCGCCAGGGUCCCUUAGACCUUCCUCAGAACUAUAUCCUGGGGGCCAAAUACAUAUUCCAGUGUCAAAAUUUCAAGUGUCCUAUGGCGUCCCCUAUUUCUCUAACCACUGAGGUGACGUUUGUCGACACUACAGUCUACCCAGAACCCCCCAGGGGCUCGCCUCAGCCUAACUGGAAGUUUCCAUUUGGUUUCUUCACUAGAGGCACUGCUGAGCUGGAUGGGAACAUGGUCAUUAACGGCAGUGACACUGAGAAGGUCACAUGGACGUUAAUGCUGUUCACAGUAAUGUUACUAACAGGAUUAGAAUUCUUCACUAGGUAGUUGCUUAGCUAACAUUAGACCAGUUAGGGAGCUUUCCUAGUUUUGACGGCUUCUUAUCUUGAGGAAAUUGUUGUACAUAAAAGAUGUUGAUAUGUUUACUAUGUUGUAUUACUAUUUUAUUUUGUAACGCUUUUUUACAAUACAAAGAGGAAUCU